AAACUGUCAUUUAGUCAGCGAGAAAGAGAAAGCGCAGAAAAAAUAUCAUCAUUGGGGAUUUGGAAAGCAAAAAUAAGUUGAAUUAUUUUACAAUAUUUAGUUAAGUGAUAUUAUUUGGUGAAUUGUAUCCGCAAUAUUUUGUGGCUCACUAUGAUACACAGCUUAUUCAUAAUAAAUCCUGCAGGGGAUGUAUUUCUGGAGAAACAUUGGCGUAGUGUUAUUCCAAGAUCCGUUUGCGAUUAUUACUUAGAAGCUCAACGUGCUUCACCGAAUGAUGUGCCACCAGUCUUGGCUGCUCCUCAUCAUUAUCUCAUCUCUAUUCAGAGAGGUGGAGUGGCUCUUGUGGCUGUGUGCAAACAUGAAGUUGCACCUCUUUUUGUCAUUGAAUUCUUACACAGAGUAGUAGAUACAUUUCAGGAUUAUUUUUCAGACUGCACUGAAACAAUUAUAAAAGAGAAUUAUGUAGUUGUUUAUGAGUUGUUAGAUGAGAUGUUGGAUAAUGGUUUCCCUCUGGCUACAGAGAGCAACAUUUUGAAGGAACUUAUUAAACCACCAAAUAUUUUGAGAACCAUUGCCAAUACAGUGACAGGAAAAUCUAAUGUGUCUUCAAUAUUACCAUCUGGCCAGCUGUCUAAUGUGCCAUGGAGAAGAUCUGGUGUAAAAUAUGCAAAUAAUGAGGCAUAUUUUGAUGUUAUAGAAGAAGUAGAUGCUAUCAUAGACAAAAGUGGUGCUACUGUUUCAGCUGAAAUACAGGGUUAUAUCGAUUGCUGUAUCAAAUUAAGUGGCAUGCCAGAUUUGACAUUGACCUUUGUGAAUCCUAGAUUAUUUGAUGAUGUGUCAUUUCAUCCCUGUGUAAGAUUUAAACGUUGGGAGUCAGAAAGGAUAUUAUCAUUCAUUCCCCCAGAUGGCAACUUUCGUUUAAUGUCAUAUCAUAUUGGCUCACAGAGUGUUGUGGCUAUUCCAAUUUAUGUUAGACAUAAUCUGUCUUUGCGUUCUACUAGUGAUCAAGGAAGAUUGGAUUUAACUGUUGGACCUAAGCAGACCAUGGGAAGGACGUUAGAAAAUGUAGCAUUAGAAAUUUGUAUGCCUAAAUGUGUCCUGAACUGCUCUCUAACUGCUAAUCAAGGAAAGUACUCGUAUGAUCCCGUAAGCAAGGUGCUACUAUGGGACAUUGGUCGUAUAGAACUACCAAAGUUGCCUAACAUAAGAGGAACUGUAUCAGUGGCGUCCGGCGUGGAUACAACGGGUGCUAAUCCUAAUAUAAACGUGCACUUCACUAUACCCCAGUUGGCAGUGAGCGGGUUACGUGUCAGUCGGCUCGAUAUGUACGGUGCGAAGUACAAACCGUUCAAAGGUGUCAAGUACGUGACUAAAGCGGGCAAGUUCCAUGUCAGGAUGUGAUGGGAGGUCUAUCCGGAUAUUGACGGAUGUUGAAAAACGAAUUUUCUCUAACCUUGACUAAUAUUAGUGAUGAGCUUGUACACAAGUAGCUCGGUGGCGUAGUGGAUAAGCGCCGCGGCCUGCGAUCGUUGUUGUUAAGGAACUUUUGCAAGGGACAGUUAUAGG